AAUUGGGCGCAACGCAGUUGUUGCAGCAGAAAAGCUCCUUCACGACGCUUUUCUUCAGCCUUUCUGUGUUUUCAGUUCUUUUAAAUUAAUACUGGAGGCACGAAAUGGAUUUUGGCGAUUUGUUUGACGAGCGAACGUUCACCUUUUCUGACUUUCAGGAGUUUACAUUUCUGCCUGGACAUGAGCAGUGGUCAGAACGAGUCAGGAAGCGAUUAUAUUAUGGUCUGGAAUCUGACAGCCCACUGGAUGCUCUAUCAUGUCCCAUGACAGAUAUUGCUGUAGAACUGCUUCAGAAAUCCGCCCCAAGUCCCAUACGAAAGCUCCACAAGAAAUACGCUGCACACGUGUCUAGGGAAGCAUGUAUAUCUCCCUGCGCUAUGAUGUUGGCCUUGAUUUACAUUGAAAGACUGCGACACAGAAACCCUGAAUACAUGCAACAGAUUUCAUCCUCUGACCUCUUUUUGAUAUCCAUGAUGGUUGCCAGUAAAUAUCUGUGUGAUGAAGGAGAAGAGGAGGAGGUUUUCAAUGAUGAAUGGGGCACUGCUGCCAAGCUGGACAUUCACACUGUCAACACCCUGGAGAUGAACUUCCUCAGUGCGAUCGAUUGGAACCUCUUCACUGAGCCCAUUGACUUUUUUAAAGUCCUCAGUCAGGUGGAAGGCAGCAUUGCGGAGCGACAGGGUAUGAAGCGAGGUUGGUUCACGUACACGGAUCUUUGUGUUCUACUGGAGCAGUCUAAUUGGAGGGAAGCUCUUUCAGCCAUCUACCAGCACUUUACUAAGGUUACCUGCAUGUUGGGUCUCCUAUACUUGACUAGCAUAGCUGGUCUCAUUGCGUCUUCUGUGGUGAUCCACCAGCUUGGCCGUUUCCCCAACACCAGUCGCACGUAUUUGGGACCCAUGGAGCACAAAUCUAUUCAGACACCAGCACUUUUACCCAAUCUCCAACCGGAAGCGCCCAGCCCUACCUCGAACCUCCGCUGCUGCAUCCUUACCAACGACAGUUUGAAGCCGCGCACUACCGUCACACCAGAACACCAGGACUCCACCUAUGGGACCACGGUUCUUUGUCUGUGGGGUUCCAUCCUCUCUGCUCUGUCCUACUCAAACCCUUCAUUAGACAUACAGCUACAAGACUGUUUUGAUUCUGAAGUGUUCUGUCAAGGUCAAAUGCGCAUUCAAUCCAUUGGGCGCAAUACUUCGACAACUCAUCCUUCUCAGUGGUACACCCAUCUUAAAUAACAUUGGCUCGGGUUAACUCCAUUUAGCGAAGGUCCAAUGUUUCCAGACCCCAUCUUGGCUCCAUACCCCAAUUCCAGAGACAUCCAUAUUGUCCAGAGACUACUCUGCCACUUGGGAAAAUGCCAUCUCUCCUAUUUUCUGGAUAGACAAAGGGUAAUCCUCAUAGAGGAUUGAAAUAUCAAAGUAAAACAAGUUUACAGUCACAGUCAGCCAUUAUAACUCCUUUGGUUUUCAUUGUUUUUGUAUUGGAUCAGCCAUAUUAGUUGGUCGAAACCUGGUUGUUGCAGUAUGUUGGCAGAAGGUGGUAAGGAGGUAUAUUAUAUUGAUAUGAAUUUUGGCUUGCGGGAUGCAGUGUGUAAAUGCAGUUGGAACGAGCAGAGUUUAUUUUUUAUCUUUAUGAAUAGGUUAGUUAUGGUUUUGGGUGUUGGUUAAAGCAUUCAAGGCAUCCAAGCAAAAUAAUUGUUAGAACAAAUUAACAUUACAUAAGAACAGGCAUUUUCUAAGAUGCAAUGAACCCCAUUUUAAGAAUGUGAGGACGUUUUGAAUAGUUUGCCUGGCCUUGCAUAAGAUGCCGUAGAUAUACUCAGGAGGAUUGUAUUGUUAUGAAGUUCCUUCGUGUGAAAGCAUUUAUUUUUAAGUUUGGGAAUAGUUUGGUUACAAAGGGGGAAGGGUAAAAAAGGAUUUGGUUUAAUGCUGCUUAUAGCGGCUGAGAUCUUGAGAUUUGAAAGCUUUUACAACAAAGUUUACAUGUAGAUAGUAAAUGCCAUACUUCAUCUAAAAAGCAGUCAUUUUAUAAUAUGGUCAAUGGGUUUUUUUUUUUUUUUUUUUUUUUAAAAAAGCUUUGCAAGUAGCAAUUUAUUUGAGUUGCCAAACAAGCUAAUUUAAUAGAAUAAUUUUGGUUCAUUGCUUGACCAAAUCUUUGAACCAAGAUAAAUUUUGGACUGAUGUUAUGCUCCUUUUAUAUACUCAAAGCAUGCAAUAUUUUGUCCUUAAUUCAACAGGUAUUGGUCAUAAAGAACACCCUUUAACUCAUUUAGUCAUCUCUUUGAGUACAUAUCCACCAUUAUUUGUUGAUGGUGUCUAAGUCUUAAAAAAUUUGUUCCAUUUGUAAAAGGUUUUGUAUAAAAUGUAUAGCUGCAACAACUAAAAAUGAUGAAAAAUAAAACAAAUUCUUAAAAUAA